AUGAGCAGGUCUGGUCCUCUGCCACCAACUGCAGUGAUCGACAGAGAGCGCUUUUUUGCUGACUGGAUGACCAAAAGUGAUAAAAAGUGCUCAAAGUCCUGGUUUAAGAUACGCUCUGAGAAGAUUAUCGACUUUCUGGCUCUCGGGCUUGAGGGUCGACGCGAUAAGCUGCGGGCUAUUUUGGACAAGGAAGCCGAAGAUAACAUGAAUGCAUGCAAGGAAAAGCUCCGUCUGAUGGAAGUUUCUCGGAAGGAAGCAGUUAUAGAGGAGGCAAAGCGGUUGAGGGCUUUCAUUGAGAAACGGAACAAUGAGUUCUCUGAGCGGGCUCGUGAGCAAAGAAUGAGAAUUUCCUGUGCUGACUAUCGCAACAACAAAGCGAAACAGCUGGUUAAAAUAAUGUCCGAGGACCGGAAAAUGAUUGAUCAGUUUGGUGAGUUCAGGAGGGCUUACGAAAAAGACCGUGAGGACAAACUGAACAGUCUUAAAUGGGAUUUUAUCACUGACCUGAAUGGAAAAGAGGAGGCGCGCCUUAAACUGAAGCACGAAAAGGAACUUGAAAACUUUGAAGCUCUGAAAGGCCAGCUAGCUGAACACUUGACUCAGAAAAAGUGGGAAGCCGAGACCAAGAAGGAGGAGGGCAGGAUGGUUGACAAGGAGAUUGCGGCUGUGAAAGCACUUAAACUAGAUCAGGAAAAGAAGAGGUUAGAAGCGCAGGCGGAGACGCGCCGUAUCCUUUCCUCCGCGAUUCAGGAACAGUUGGGAAGGAAACAAGAAAGGAAAGAAUGGGAAGAGAGCUUUAACCAGGCAAGUGCAACUUCCUGGAAGGAUGUGGAGGAGGGUGAAUCAGUAGCACGUGUGCGGCGAAUGCACCGACAGAAUCGCGAAGCUCGCUACUUUCUAGAACACCAGGAACAACUUCGAAAGUACAGACAGUGCGAGGAGGAGAUCAAAGACAAGCUCAUAGCAGAAGAUGCGGAGAAGGAGCGUCAGUUGAAGAGAAUGAGAGAGGCCGAAAGAAGGGCUUUCCUAAAGAAACUCGAGGAGGAGACAUAUGCCGACCAUCGUAAUGCUACGGCUCUCAAGACACAACGUCUGAAGGAGAUCAAGAAGCUAGAGGAGGCUGAGUUUAAUAAAAUGUUAGAUGCACUGAAAGCGCAAGAACUGAAACGAGAAGAGGAAAUGAAAUCCAAAGAAAGAGAACGCAUAGCUAUUCGCGAAGCCCAGGUAUGUCAGCUGGAAGAUCGACGAAGAAGGCGAGAAGAAGAGGCACAGAAACUUCAGCGUGAACGCGCUGGCUACGCACAGGCCGAGGAGGACUAUUUGGAACGGCUAAAUAAGGUAGCCAACCCGGUUCCAGUAGGUGACUUCAACAUCCACCCAUGGCGCAAGAAGGCGAUGAAUUUGCCUAUGGACCGCUGA